GAUCUGCUUUCUGUCUUCAUGAAUUUGCCUGUUCCGGACGUUUCCUCGGUGGUCUUCGGCCUGCCUGGCACGCGGGCCACCGAGGCCUGUUUGCAGGCCUGCCCUGCGGCCUGCACCUGCAGCAGCGUGGAGCGCGGCUGCUCGGUGCGCUGCGACCGCGCGGGCCUCCAGCGGGUGCCCACCGAGUUCCCGUGCGAGGCGGCCUCCAUCGACCUGGACCGGAACGGCCUGCGCAUCCUGGGCGAGCGGGCCUUCGGCACGCUGCCGUCCUUGCGCCGCCUGUCGCUGCGCCACAACAACCUGUCCUUCAUCACGCCUGGCGCCUUCAAGGGUGUGGCCUCCAGCUCCCUGCGGGGCCUGGGGCGCCUGCGCUCGCUCAGCCUGCAGGCCAACCGCGUGCGCGCGGUGCAUGCCGGGGCCUUUAGCGACUGCGGUGCCCUGGAGCAUCUGCUGCUCAACGACAACCUGCUGGCCGCGCUGCCUGCCGCUGCCUUCCUAGGCCUCCGCCGCCUGCGCACACUCAAUCUGGGGGGCAACGAGCUGGGGCGUGUGGCACGUGCCUGGUUCUCCGACCUGGCCGAGCUCGAGCUGCUUUACCUGGACCGCAACAGCAUCACUUUUGUGGAGGAAGGCGCCUUCCAGAACUUAUCGGGCCUCCUGGCCCUGCAUCUCAACGGCAACCGCCUCACCAUGCUCUCCUGGGCCGCUUUCCAGCCUGGCUUCUUCCUGGGCCGCCUCUUCCUCUUCCGCAACCCCUGGCAUUGUGACUGCCAUCUGGAGUGGCUGCGCGAUUGGAUGGAGGGCUCCGGGCGUGUGGCUGAUGUGGCAUGUGCCUCCCCAGGUUCCGUGGCCGGCCUGGACCUCAGCCAGGUGGUCUUUGAGCGCUCCUCGGACGGCUUGUGCGUAGACCCUGAGGAGCUGAACUUGACCACAUCUAGUCCAGGGCCCAGUCCGGAGCUGGUGGCCACCACCGUGAGCAGGUUCAGCAGCCUCCUCUCCAAGCUGCUGGCCCCGAGGGUCCCCGUGGAGGAAGUAGCCAACACCACCUGGGAGCUGGUCAACAUCUCGCUGUAUGACAGCCUUCCCUCUCGUGGAGUGGUGGUCUUGGGUUGCAAGGCCACGUUUCUCUUUGUCCCUUGCCUCUUGCUCACCCUGGCACAGUAUGGAGUGUUCAGUCUCCAGAGGGACUGACUCUGUCACAGUGAAGUGACCCAGACCACUUGGGCCCAAAAGGGAAGGUUUGCUUGGCUGUGAUUGAGAGGAGAGGGAACAGGAUUAGGGGUGGUGAUAAACGUUCUUGCUGAGGGUGGAAGAAACACUAUCUCCAAAGAUAGCCCUAGGCAGAGGAGCACUCUGGGAAAUGCCACUGAAGUGGGUAUGAAUUCCUGCUCUUCUCACAGGGGCAUCCAUUGAAAAAGAGAAGAAUGAACAAGGGCUCUUGGGUAGGUAGGUGAGGAAUGGAAGUUCCUGGGACUCCUGCCCUCCACCUCCAGGCAACAAUGUCCACAGGGCCUACAUUAAGCGGGACUCGAUUGGCUAAGUACCAGAACCAUCUUAGUACUUAGUACAUGUACAUGCCAUCUCUCUUGUCUCAGUAGUCCACUAAACCCAGUCCGUCUUUUCUAUCAUGAUCCUCCUUUCUCCUCCUAUGCCCAGGAGCUUGGGGACAACAAGGUUCAGGAAGGUAGACAGGACAUUAGAGAAGGGGCAUGGGAAAGGAGAGACUGAGAUCCAUGGCAGGUGGUGGUUGCUGAGGUCUGAGGUGUGUGUUAAGUGGAAUUUAAAACAAAGAUUCAUUUCUCUUAGGCCACAGUUUAUCCCUUAGUAUAGGCAGUGCCAGGUGUUUGUGGACCACACUUAUAAAAUGCUAAAAGGUAAACCAGUUUCUCUAAUGUAAGACUUUUCAGAGUCUUCCAAUGCCAUUGUAAGCUUCCAAUGUACUGUGAACUCUCGAGGAAGCACAAAAUCUUCUUUUAGCAUUUCUUGUUGUGGGAAGAGUGUCCCUUCCCACAAAUGCUUUGUUAGCAGGGUAGAGCAUCUCCAGCUGGGAUGCGUCCAUUAGGUAUGAAAUUCUUACGAGCUGCUCGCAUGGAGACUGACUAAUGGUCCAGAGGGAAGGGGGACCUCAGAUUUCUCAGGGUGCAUGCCUGAGGGCAAAGGUCAUCUACCAGCACCUACAGUAAGUGUGCAGGGGCUCUGAGUGUGGAGUGUAUGAGGGUACAGAGGCCGAGUCCCACCCAGGGCCUCUGACACACUGGCUCUUCUCAGGGUGGGGGUGAAAAAGAGCAGAGGUUGAUUGUCUUGUCAGCCUCGGAAUCGGCAGCUCUCUGGGCCCUGGCCAUGAGGGUGAGCUUUGCAGGUUGCCCUCUAAAUGUUGGCCUGUGGGCUGGGGAUUGUGGGUCAGUGGGAGAGUGCUUGCCUCAUAUGGGCGAGGACCUGGCUUCUCUACUCAUCACUGAAGAAAACAAGACACUGGUCAGUGACCUUCCAAUCUCAGUCUGGUCGGCAGUAGAACCAUUCUGAACGGAUGACAACAGGUGCGGGUUCCUGAAGGGCCAUGAGGUGAUCAGGUCAGCAAACGUGCCCACAUGUGUCUGCUACACAGACGCUCCAGCUUGUCUCCACGCGGUGAGCAGCGACCGCUGUAUCUGUGGAGGUCCUGGAAAUGUACCGUCUUCAUGUGCUGACUUCCUUCCUCUGUAGGGAGAGAGGCCAGAUUUCAAAAAACCCACACAGAUUAGGGCGUGCCAAGCUGUCAAUGGCAACAGUAUUUUUUCUUUUUU